UUGCAGAGAUUUGGAAGAAUCGAAACUAAACUGCAGCACAUAAAGCAGAGUUCCAAUUGCUGAGUUCUUUGAUGCUGCGGACAGCAACUGCGCGAACAGAGGCAGCUCAAUAGAAGCAGGUGAGAAACUCCUGUCCAUGAUGUCCAAGCAGACAUGGGAACUGCUAGAGGCCAGCAAAGACACCAGAAUAACAGGCUUCCAGGCCCAAGUGGUGCAGCUACGUGAAAGCCAUUUGAGAAGAGGUUAUGCUUUGGGCAUUGGACAGGGAAUUCAGCACCAGCGGAAUGACCAAAGGCAUGGGAAUAGCCAGCGUCCUUCAGCCUUUAAGCCAAAGGAAGCAAGCAGGCCUCAUGAUCAUCAUGCAGCGAAGACUGGGCCUCAUACACGAAAUUGGGCGCAUCCAAUUAGUGGCCUGAAAGAAAUAAAAGAAGCAAGUAGUCAAGCAAGAACAGGAUCAAGAGGUGGACGGCAACAUAGACAGCCCCAGCAAGCACAGAAGAGGUCUGAGAGUGUAUCUGCAAAGGACAGAAGUAGACACGAUCAAUCUGAACCUCACAGAAGAAAUCCCAAGUUCUAUGGAAGCCAGCCCGACCUGCUGGACAUUUUCAGAAAAAGCAAUGGAGGAGAUCAGACACAAAGUCACCAACGGCCACCAGGGAGACAGCAUUUCUCACGAGGAAUGGAGAGAGAUACCGUUCAAACUAGCCAUGAAAAUACUUCACAGCAUCAAUACAAGGGGGCUCGGACUAAAAACAAAUGUGGAACCACUCAUUUGCGUCACAAUUUUAAACCUUCAAAGGAAUCCAGAGAAACUGAUGCUCAAAAGCAGGGGACCCUGGAUGGUCAAGAGCUAACGCAGCUGGCUGCAAUGUAUCCAGUAGACAUUGUAAUGAAGUUGACCUCUCCUGGAAGUGGUGUCAAAGAAUUUUUAAACCAGGCAAAUAUUGAAAAAGACUUGAUUGCAUCCUUUCUGAAAAUUCUUGGCAUGACAUUCAAUUGCAAAUCCAACCGACGGAGUUUGCAUUAUCUGCUGGAACUGAUCAAGAACUCCAAGUUUCUGAAGAAUGUCCUUCCUCCAUUCAUCAUCAAUGCUCAGAGUGAAGUGUCGCAAGAGGCACAUUUGGAAAGUGCUACACAUCUUGGUUAUAUACUAAAUUUGCUCUGUCAGCUGAUUACUGUCUAUCCUGCCAGUGUUUUCUCGGAUGUGUGUCUCCUAACUACAAUGGUGCAAUCGACGUCAAACUACCUGCAAUCUGUUGGCUUCCCCAUCUCAGAGGAGAUGGAUAAGAACUUGAGUAACCUGCACCAGAUGAUUACCUAUUUGCAGGAGAAAAAGAGAGAAGGAUCAUUGCUUUCUGAUACCUAUACCUACUUUGUGGCACCUAAAAAGAAUGAUUUCAGGCAUAUUUCAAUAUAUCCAACUUAUGAAGACAUCCAUUUAAUCAACAAACCUUUUGUGAGACCAAAUAUAAUUAAUGAGAAAUAUCCAGACACUGCUACAUACUUAGACAUCCAUUUUCGCCUGCUCCGUGAAGACUUUGUCCGGCCAUUAAGGGAGGGAAUUUCCAAGUUGCUGAACUGUAGCCAGAAGGAUCUGCGUAGACAACCAAUAGACGACAUUAGAAUUUAUUUUAAUUCCCAUGUCCUGGAUCCACUAUGCACAUAUAGCGGUGUCUUUUAUCGGGUUCAGUUUGAUAAUGAAAUGUUAAAGCACGUUCGGUGGGAGAGCUCCAAGCGACUGCUGUAUGGGUCUUUUCUUUGCCUCUCCAAAGAUAACUUUGAAACAAUGUUGUUUGCAACAGUGGCUCACAGAAACCUUGCAGAACUGACCAAAGGUAUCAUCACACUCAGCUUUAUUGAAAGCAGUCGGUUGGAUUUGGUGGAUGUAAAAUCAACAGAUUCUUUUCUAAUGGUUGAAACAACUGCGUACUUUGAAGCCUACCGUCAUGUUCUAGAAGGUUUCAAAGAGAUCGCAGAUAAUGAAAUACCCUUUCAGAAGUACAUAGUUCAAUGUCAGACUUGCGUUGCAGAGCCGAAGUAUCUAAGACAGAGUUAUCAAAGCUAUAAUAUGGAGCCUUUGUUGGAGGGUAAACUAAGUAAACCCCCAAAGAUGUUCAGCAACGUCAAUUACAGGAACAGAUUUCUUCAAUCCAGCAUGAGCUUUUCCCAUGGUAGUAACUUCAAUGUGCUUGACUACGGAGCAUGGCCUUCUAAAGAGAGAUUAAAGUGCGACAAGUCCCAAAUCCUAGCCCUGCAAGCAGCUUUAACUAAAGAGCUUGCAAUCAUCCAAGGCCCACCAGGAACAGGAAAAACAUAUUUGGGACUGAAGGCCGUCAGCGUCCUCCUGGCUAAUAUGAAUCUUUGGCAAUCUGACUCUAGAUCUCCUAUUCUGGUGGUGUGCUACACAAAUCAUGCAUUGGACCAGUUUUUAGAAGGAAUUCACACCUUUAUGAAAACUGGGCUGGUCAGAGUUGGAGGAAGGAGCAGCAGUACCAUUCUCGCCAAGUUUUCUAUGGCUGAGCUAAGAAAACAGAACAACUUUAGGAAAAACCUGCCAUCGUAUCUGAAAAGCAUGUAUUCUGACUUAAUUGGAGAAAGAAAAGAGUUGCAGAAGAAAAUUGAAAUGUUGAUUGUGGCUUUGGAAGCAAGUCGGAAGGGAGUUCUUCAAUUACCUUCUCUUUCCAAAUACAUUCAGACAAAACACUUACAGGAUCUAAAGGUGGGAUCUGUAUAUAAUCCGUCAGACCAGUUUGAUAUACUGGAAUGGUUACAACUGACAACAGUGCCUGAAUGUUAUAUCAGGUCGAACACAACAGUAGAACAAGCCAAAGAAGAUGAUGCGGAGACAAUUGCCUCAAGUGCGACAGAGGGAGACGUAGGAAAUCUCAGUGAUUUCAUUGAAGAGGAAGAUGGUGAUGAUGAGCUGAUUCAGGUAACAGAGGAGGCUGCUCUGAUGCAAGCAGAGAGGAUAAUGGAUGAUGACAAUCUUCCGAAACAACUUCAGAAAGCACAUGCACGGCUGGCUAAACUGGAGAAGCAAUUUCUGGCAUUUAAUCCCAAAGAGACCGCACCCCCAAAAUCUGAGGCUGAGGACAAAGAUGAUGGUAAAUGGGAGGUCACCACAAAAGAAAGGAAACGAAUACAAAAUAUGGUUAAGCAGCAGCUGCAAAACACUGACGUCAUGACAGAAUUGGAAGCCAGAAAGAUAGACAACGUCUGGAAUCUUAACCUGCCUGAUCGCUGGCGACUGUACAGGUGGUGGUUGUCGAUGUACCAAGCUGAAACGAAACGUGGAAUAUUGGAUUACGAAGAAAGCUACCGAAGAAUCGUCGACCGCUUGGCUGAGCUGCGAAAUCAAGAAGAAAUAACACUCCUCAGAAUGUCAAAAGUAGUCGGAAUGACCACAACAGGUGCUGCAAAAUACAGAAACCUGGUGCAAGAUAUCAGACCAAGGAUUGUUAUUGUAGAGGAAGCGGCUGAAGUCCUCGAAGCUCACAUCAUCACCACUCUUACUUCCGACUGCCAGCACCUCAUUUUAAUUGGUGAUCAUCAGCAGCUUCGCCCAAGUGCAACAGUGUAUGAACUAGCAAGACGUUUCAACUUGGAAGUUUCCUUGUUUGAGCGGCUAAUAAUGAUGGAUGUGCCUUUUGUUCGACUCGAUUACCAACAUCGAAUGCGCCCUGAAAUUGCAAAACUGAUAACACCACACAUCUAUGAGAAGUUGGAAAACACAGAAUCUGUGAAACUAUAUGAAAACAUCAAGGGAAUUUCCACAAACCUCUACUUCAUUGACCAUCAAGAGCCGGAGGAUCAAUUCAAGGAAGGGAAAAGCUAUCAAAAUCCACAUGAAGCACACUUUGUCACGGCCCUUUGCAAGUACUUCAUCCAGCAGGAAUAUAAGCCAUCACAGAUAACCAUUCUAACCACUUACUCGGGGCAGUUGUUCUGCUUGAAGAACAUGAUGCCCAAGGUGAUAUUUGAUGGCGUACAUGUUUGCGUGGUGGACAAGUAUCAAGGGGAAGAGAACGACAUUGUGAUACUGUCACUUGUUCGAAGCAACAAGCAGGGCGUGGUGGGGUUCCUGCGAAUACAAAACCGUGUCUGUGUUGCUCUUUCUCGGGCGAAAAAGGCCUUCUACUGCAUAGGCAACAUGAGUCUGCUGGCAAAGCAGGUCCCCCUGUGGGCAGCCAUUGUUGGGUCGCUGCGUGAAACUGGUAACAUAGGUCCCUCCCUGCGGCUUGCCUGCCAGAACCACCCACAGACGGACACGCUGGUGUCGUCUGCAGGGGACUUUGCCAAGGUCCCUGAGGGCGGGUGCCUGAUGCCUUGUAAUUUCCCCCUCCAGUGCAGACAUGCGUGCACUUUGUGCUGCCACCCUUAUGACCCCCAGCACAAGGAGUACCGGUGCCCCUUGCCGUGCCCGAAGGCCUGCACGGUAGGCCACCCUUGUCCCAAGCUUUGCUGGCAGCCCUGCGGUGAUUGCAAGGUGAAGGUAAGCAAAGUCAUCCCAGCAUGUGGUCACGAGCAGCAGGUCGCUUGCUCCAUGCCCCCAGAGCGGUUCAGCUGCCAGGAGCCAUGCAGAAAGACCCUGGACUGUGGCCAUAAGUGCCUCCGCCCCUGCGGGGAGGAAUGCACGUGGAAAUGCCCCAGCAGGAUCCAGCUCACGCAGCCCUGUGGUCACCAGCGGUGGGCGCAGUGCUACCAGCGCCAGGAGGCCGAGACCUGGCCCUGCCAGGCGACCUGCGGGGCCCCGCUAGCCUGUGGCCACCCCUGCACCGGCAGCUGCUUGGCGUGUGGCAGCGGGAGGCUGCACGCCCCCUGCAAGGCUCCGUGUGCGCGGGUGCUGCCCUGCUCGCACCCGUGCUCAUUCAGCUGCUGCGGCCCGCUGUGCCCGCCCUGCCCCCGGCCCUGCAGAAACCGCUGCCCACACGGCAAGUGCCCCAGGGCCUGCGGCAAGCCCUGCCUUCCCUGCCAGGAGCCCUGCGCCUGGAGCUGCCCGCACGCCCGGUGCACCCGGCUGUGCCACGAGCCCUGCGAUCGGCUGCCCUGCGACCAGCCCUGCUCCCAGGUGCUGGACUGCGGCCACCCGUGCAUCGGCCUGUGCGGGGAGCCCUGCCCCAACAAGUGCCGGACCUGCCACGAGGAGGAGGUGACUGAGAUAUUCUUCGGUGGAGAAGACCAGCCGGAUACCAGAUUCCUGCAGCUGCAGGAGUGCCGGCACAUUUUCGCGGUGAAGGAGUUUGACAAGUGGAUGCAACAGGCGGACGGUAACGGUUCCCCUGAGCCGAAGCUGCCGCUCUGCCCUAAGUGCUCGACCCCGAUCCAGAACAGCCUACGCUAUGGGGCCGUCAUUAAGAGUGGUCUCGCUGAGAUCGAGAGGAUCAAAGUCAAGGCCUUCGGAGAUGAAGAAGAACUCAGAGAUCACAAGACGUGCCUUUUACAGUUUUUGGAAGAAAACAAAGAAUUAACUAAGUAUUUUCUCAUGGAAGUCUUUGAUUUGCAGUUGCAACUGGAAGAAUCCAGUACAAGUCUGCACAAGUUGACCACUCUCGGUCACAAGAUUACCCUCUUAUCCAAAAUUGUCGACUUGAAGUCCGGUGAAAAUAAACUGCAGGUUUACCAGAGAGUUACGAUUCAACAAGAAAGUGAGCGGCUAGUAAAGUGGAUUACAGAAAACAGAGAUAAUUUCACCAGUCAGGAACUAUCAGACAUCAAAAGAGAGAUCUCUAGGCUGAAGUAUCUGAAUGAACUAUACUUAAUUCAAACUACUAUGCGAGGGCAAAUAGUAGAAUCAGAAACAACUGAGCUGCAGCAGAUGCUAGAAGGGAAGAAAAAGUACAAUGAAACAUGGGUACAAGAAAACAUCGAUAUAUUGAAGAAGAAAUGUCCCGUAAGAAAAAUAAACUUAAUUUUUUGAUUAAAAACACAAAAUGCCGUCAGAACUCAGCAGGCCAGACAGCAUCUAUGGGAGGAGGUAGUAUUCAUCUAGAGCCCUACCGAAUCACUUGGACCAAGUAAAGAGCUUACGGAGGCUGCUGUUCAGCUGCAGUUCUGGGAUUUACGGUGAGGAAGGAAGUAGCUGUUUAUAAAGCCAACAAAGUAUAUGUAAGAAUAUAUUUACAAUUGAACAGGAACUGAACUAGAUCUAAUGUGACUUCUAGUAAAGUUCAUGCUGUGAAUCUCAGCUGGGUCAAGAAUUGGUGUUGGCAGAUUUAUCUUCCGGGUGUGUUUAGGGGAGUUCCAUCAUCUGUACAUCUGCCUUUGAGAAGACGUUAGGCAACGUGGAGGGAGAGAACAGAAGGAUCAGUUGGGGUUUAGCUGGUGUUGUGGCUUCCUGAUCUCAUUCACCUUUCAUCAAUCCCUUUGGCUUCAGGAAAGGGAUUUAAAAAUGCUUUUCAAUUUACAGUAAGAAAAUCUGUGUUUUCUGUGUGCAAAUGUAAGAAGACUUAGUACAAUAUUUAAUUGUAUUGUUCCAGUUUUGUUUCCCAUUGCUAUUGUUUGAAAGGGCCUGUGUCCUUUUCCUUCGUUUGAAGUAAAAUCAUAAAUGUAUAAUUCAGAUUAGGCUUGUAUUGUAAUAAUCAAAAUGUUAAUAAAAAAUGGA